AUGGAUAUUGGAACGCAGAUUUUGGAUCUCAAAGAGGACAUUUCGUCCCUGCGCAAUGAUACCAGAGCAGAUAUUAAAACCCUCCGUGAGGAGCUAACUGGGGAGCUAGCUAAACUUAGCAACAAACAAGCAGAGGCUACGCGGCAGAUGGAAGACAUGGGGAAUACGCUAAGCGACACGAUCGAUAGAGUCGCCGCAUUGGAGCACAACCAGCAGCUUAUGACCAAGAAAUGCAAGACUCUCCAAGAAAAAUGCGCGGACUUCGAAAACAGGAGCCGGAGAUGUAAUCUGAGGUUCGUUGGGGUUGUGGAGGACUUGGAGAAGGGGAAUAUGCUUACGUUUCUGCCGGUGUUUAUUCGUGAGAUACUGGGACGCGAAAACUUUGAUUCUCCCCUGGUAAUUGACAGAGCCCAUAGAAGUCUCGGUCCGAAGCCCGCUUCUACAGACAGACCACGCUCGAUAGUGGCUUGUUUCCACUACUUUUCGGAUAGACAGAAAAUACUAGAUCUAGCCAAAUCCAAGGGAAAACUUGUGUAUGACGGGCGACAGGUGCACAUCUUCCCUGACAUGACUCCUGAGGUGGGAAAGAUGCGCGCAGCCUUCAACGACAUAAAGAGAAAGCUCCGCGAUGCUGGAGUGUCAUACAGCCUCUUUUUCCCUGCGAAGCUGGUUGUCACAGUGAAAGGAGAAAGACAUUCAUUUGACUCACCUCAGGCAGCCGAGUCCUUCUACCAACAACAUGUGAAGUAA